UGCCACAGAGGCAUUGCAGACAGCGCGUUGGGGAGGUGUAGUGGAAGAAAGGCAAGAGAAACGGAGUAAAUGAGAGCACUUUUGUCCAGAUUGUUGAAGGACUUAUCAACUACAUAAACCGCCGAAACAGCUUACUAUAAUGAAACGGACACAUUGUUGAAUUCCUGUCCAGGUAAAUGCCCGCGUUUCCUUCGCAUGGUUAACUACAAGAGGUCGACAGCUAGACAGGGUAACCACCACUGAGAAGGGAGCUCCAAACCCCAGGCCUCAGACUCCAGGCUCCCGCACAGGGCUGAGUGAAGGACACUUGGGAAACGAAGCUGUGUCUCUCCCUGUAGGAAUCCUGGAUCCCCCACCCUGCUCACCAACAUGACUGAUGUGGUGAUCGUCAAGGAGGGAUGGCUGCAUAAAAGAGGAGAAUACAUCAAGACCUGGAGGCCAAGGUACUUUCUCCUCAAGAGUGAUGGUACAUUCAUUGGCUACAAGGAACGGCCACAAGAUGUGGACCAGCUGGAAACCCCCUUAAAUAACUUCUCCGUAGCACAGUGCCAGCUGAUGAAGACGGAACGGCCCAAGCCCAACACAUUUAUCAUCCGCUGCCUGCAGUGGACCACUGUCAUCGAGCGCACCUUCCAUGUGGAGACCCCCGAGGAGAGGGAAGAAUGGACUAAAGCCAUCCAGGCAGUGGCUGUUGGCCUGCAGAAACAAGAGGAGGAGAUGAUGGACUCCUCUCCAGACCCCAUGGACAUGGAGGUCUAUCUGACCAAACCCCGACAAAAAGUGACUAUGCACGACUUUGAAUACCUCAAACUCCUGGGAAAAGGCACUUUUGGCAAAGUUAUCCUGGUAAAAGAGAAGGCCACAGGACGCUACUACGCCAUGAAGAUCCUGAAGAAGGAGGUGAUCGUAGCGAAAGAUGAAGUGGCGCACACUCUCACAGAGAACAGAGUCCUCCAGAAUUCCAAGCAUCCGUUCUUGACAGGCCUGAAAUACUCUUUCCAGACUCAUGACCGCUUGUGCUUUGUCAUGGAGUACGCAAACGGUGGUGAGCUUUUCUUCCAUCUGUCAAGGGACCGCGUAUUCUCAGAGGAGCGGGCACGGUUCUACGGGGCCGAGAUAGUGUCAGCGCUGGACUACCUGCAUGCUGAGAGGAACGUGGUCUAUCGGGAUCUAAAGCUGGAAAACCUCAUGCUGGACAAAGAUGGACACAUAAAGAUUACAGAUUUUGGUCUGUGUAAGGAGGGGAUCAAAGAUGGGGCCACCAUGAAGACCUUCUGCGGGACACCAGAGUACCUGGCACCGGAGGUGCUAGAAGACAACGACUAUGGCCGAGCCGUGGACUGGUGGGGCCUCGGAGUGGUGAUGUACGAGAUGAUGUGUGGCCGACUGCCCUUCUACAACCAGGACCACGAGAAGCUGUUUGAGCUCAUCCUCAUGGAAGAUAUCCGCUUCCCGCGGACACUAGGACCUGAGGGACGCUCCCUGCUCUCUGGCCUGCUCAAGAAGGACCCCAAGCAGAGGUUAGGUGGAGGGCCUGACGAUGCCAAGGAAAUCAUGCAGCACAAGUUCUUUGCAGGGAUUGAAUGGCAAGACGUUUAUGAGAAGAAGCUGGUCCCGCCUUUCAAGCCCCAGGUUACCUCCGAGACGGACACACGGUAUUUUGAUGAGGAGUUCACAGCACAGACCAUCACUAUUACGCCACCCGGACAAGAUGACAGUAUGGAGUCCUUCGACAGUGAGAGGAGACCGCACUUUCCUCAGUUCUCCUACUCUGCCAGCGGGACAGCCUGAACAACUCGCUAUACAUUCCUCUGGUCCCAUCAUCUCCCCUCACCCCACCCGACUGCACACUCAAAAGACUGGGGCCAAAGCCCCGUCCUCCCAGCAUUUACUACAAAUGCCGUUGGUGGAUGUAACAUCACAAUCUGCAAGUUAUGUUUUACAGGAAGGAGGAAAUACCAGAUGAAAACAAAGAAAACUGUGGUUGCUCUAUGAGGCCUUUGAAGACUGUCCACGGCAAGAGUUAACACUACCCUGCUUUUCCUGGUUGUUAUGUUGUAUACUGAGCAGGCAGCCACACCCCAUAAUGAAUAGGGAAAAGUUAUAAUAUGCACAAAUCAGGCCACUGCUAUGAAUUUUGAAAAGGGCCAUUUUGUAUAGAAAAUAUCCAGAUGAAUUUAAAUUGUCCAUUUAAAAUGGAAAAUAGGCAUACUGUGGACCAACAGCACGAUGUGAGCAAAGACUAUUUUGUUUGUUGAGAGAGUGAGAGCUCUAUGUUUUCCUCACUUAGACUUCCCAAACCAUUAAGACCAAGUCUUCAAAGCAUUUUUGGCUUCAAAAGUGAAUGUACCGUAUUAAAUAAAGUCAAUCUUUUUGCAUACUUGCAUGUUGUAACACAUGGUUUAUUCUCCUAAAACUGAAAUUUCACCUUGUAGAGAUGAUUUUUUUCUUUUUAUUACUAUUCUAUCACCCCCCAAUGCAAAAGAGACACCAAUAGGUCUCAGUUAUAUUACAGUGCUCUACCACGAUGAGUCCGAUAAAUCAAUUGUGCAAUAGGGUCUGGCGUGAGGAAUGGCAGACAUGCAAAGAAUGCAAAGGCAGAGUAAUCAUUAAGGUGUGCGAAAGCUGGUGUGCAAUGGAUUUCGGCUGUAACUGUUUGCACACCGCAGACCCCUCCCGUUGCCUGUUCAACAUAAUAAAUAGCACCUCCAGCACCCCUGAAGUAUGUGUGUGGUUCCUGAUGCCUUCCUGUCUGAACGCUGUGCUGCAAACACUUCCUGGUUUUCCUCUGAACGGGCGGCUCAGGUACCCCAGUCCUCGCUGCCCAAUCAGAAACUCCUCUCUCUCCUCUGGGUUUUUCCUCCAAGUACAGUAUUGGGUGUUUCCCCACCCAGUGCACUCACUGCAGCCUCAAUGAGGUCACCUUAACAUAAUUCACCUCUUUACGAAUACUCUGCAAACAAACUGGGCUUCAGGGGAAAAUACACAGAGUCAUCUUUGAUGUGCUACGAUGGGACCUCUGUCCCUUCACGAGCUUCUGAGUUGUUAUUUAUACGAGACCAGCAUUGACUAAAAUGAGUUUGACUGUGCCAAUGAUAUGCACUUUGCAGCCCCAAAAUGAUUGUAUUUGGACUUUUAUUUGUACUUUAUGGUUUGGUAAAGACGAAAUUAGCUUAUUUUUAAUGUAAAUUGAAUUGUUGUGGAUAUAAAUAAAGCAAGAAUGACUUGUUUUGAAUCAUUAUACCCCUUUUACAGAAGGCUGAAGCUCAAUUGAGAAUCUUGGAAACUGAAAAAAUCUUAUUUUCCAAGUGUGCUAUGAUCGUUCAAGGUUUUCAGAACUUCAGUAUUUUUUUUUAUGAUGACUGAUAAUCAUUAUUCAAAAAGUGCAUCAUACGUUAUUGAAUGUAAUGGUUUUUAUUAUAUUGUUUUCAUCACUUCAAUCGUUUGCAAACCUGUUUGUUCAUUUUUUGAAUCUGAUUGUUACUUAUUCCUAUGCACACUCACCCUUUGCUGUCACCCUUUGAAAAUAGGGAAAUUCAUUUUAUACUUCUUAUUUUUUAUUUCAACUUUUUUGUAUCUGCCCUCCCAUAUUCCUGAGACUGAGGACACCAGCUUUAGUAAACAAAUAAUAUAAACUUUGUACACUGUUUUUACUGUUUCUGUUUUCUUUCAAAUUGAUGAAAUAAAAGGUCUUAAUGA